UUUUGUUGCCUCCAUUUCUCCACGAGGGGGGGUUAAAGGCCCCCAAAAUAUGCAUAUAUGAAAAGGCCAAAAAGUAACCGUCAGUGACAGGGAGUGUUAACUAGAGAAAGAAACGGGACCAAACUGGCGGGCUCGGUGAAAGCGCGGCCGGCAGCGUCCCGGACGAGGAGCUUCCCGAAAACAUUUGUUCCUAUGCAUAAAGAUGUCUUUGGUGGAUUUGGGGAAGAGGUUACUAGAAGCAGCAAGAAAAGGCCAAGAUGAUGAAGUGAGAACAUUGAUGGCAAAUGGCGCCCCAUUCACCACAGACUGGCUUGGAACAUCACCCCUCCACCUUGCAGCCCAGUAUGGUCAUUAUUCCACAGCAGAAGUGCUCCUUCGAGCAGGCGUUAGCAGGGAUGCCCGGACCAAAGUGGACAGGACCCCUUUGCACAUGGCUGCAGCUGAUGGACAUGCACACAUCGUGGAACUGCUUGUUAGGAAUGGUGCAGAUGUGAAUGCCAAGGACAUGCUGAAGAUGACAGCUUUACAUUGGGCUACAGAACACCACCAUCGAGAUGUUGUAGAGCUACUUAUCAAAUAUGGAGCUGAUGUCCAUGCUUUCAGCAAGUUUGAUAAAUCUGCCUUUGACAUAGCCCUGGAGAAAAAGAAUGCUGAAAUUCUGGUCAUCCUUCAGGAAGCGAUGCAGAAUCAGGUGAAUGCUAAUCCCGAGAGAGCCAACCCCGUGACUGUGGCUGCCCCAUUCAUCUUCACAUCUGGAGAAGUUGUGAGCCUCGCUAGCCUUGUUUCUUCAACCAACACCAAAACAACCUCAGUAGGUGACCCCCAUGCCUCCUCAGCACCACACUUGUCACAUUCCACCACCUCAGUGCUGGCCACCCUUGCAGCUCUUGCUGAGGAAUCAACCCCCUUGAACUCUCACAGAGCCGCAGCUAAUUCAGAGGAAGUCAUAGAGGGAAAUUCUGUUGACUCAUCAGUCCAGCAAGUGGUGGGGAGCGGAGGCCAAAGAGUCAUCACUAUAGUGACUGAUGGAGUCCCUCUGGGUAAUAUACAAACUGCGAUCCCUACUGGAAGCAUUGGCCAGCCAUUUAUUGUAACUAUGCAAGAUGGAGAGCAAGUUCUAACUGUACCUGCUGGUCAGGUUGCAGAGGAAACUGUAAUUGAAGAAGAGGAAGAAGCAGAGAAGUUGCCUCUGACUAAGAAACCAAGAAUAGAAGAGAGGACAAACAGUGUGGAGGAGAGCAAGGAGGGCACUGAAAGAGAGCUACUCCAACAGCAGCUCCAAGAGGCCAAUCGAAGAGCCCAGGAAUACCGACACCAGCUCCUAAAGAAAGAACAGGAAGCAGAGCAGUACCGCCUCAAGCUAGAGGCUAUGGCCAGACAACAGCCCAAUGGAGUUGAUUUCACCAUGGUUGAAGAGGUGGCCGAAGUAGAUGCUGUAGUAGUGACAGAGGGGGAGAUGGAAGAGAGAGACACGGAAGUGACUGGGGCAGGAGGGACCGUAGAGCCUCAUUCUGGAGUUUCCUUGGAAACUGUUUCAUCUUAAUGUGCGAGGGCCGCAACUUGUACUGUGUCCAUCUUUUUCCUCUUUCCUCUUUUUAAAAGAAAAUACAAAGGACAGACAUUGUAUAAAAAUUAAGAAUGUCCUUAAGAAGAAAACUAUAGCAGGGUAACAGUGCUUGGGCUCAGGAAGGCUUGCUAGCAACUGGAAAAUUCAAAGCCAAAUUUAGGAAAUACUUCUUUUGAAGGACCAAAAGAAUAAGGACCAAUUUUCUCAGCUCACAUCCCCACUUUAAACUUAGAGGUAAAAGAAUGUUGGAUGUUGUAGGUUGAUUGUUUUUUAAAUAACUGACUUUGUAUCAGAAGAUUUUAAGAUAACAUUCCUAGUAUAGAUACGCACAGAGCUUUUUAUAAUUGCAUCGUCAAGUGACCUUAAAUUUUGCCUUAUAUUUAUGACGUGUACAUGGUAGAGAAGAAAACUAAUUAGGAGGUGGGUGAGAAGCAAGCUUUUGGGAAGAGAAAAUAUAUGUUCUGCUUCCAAAGGAGCAGGCAUUCCCCCGAUCCUGAUUUAAUUUCACCAAAAAGAAAUUGGUAAUUGCCUAACUCUGCAUCCAUUAUGUGUCCAUAAUUCAGAUGCCAGUUUAAGAAACUGAAGUGGAAUAUUUAAAAACUGGAAAGGAAAGAAACUUGUUUAUGUGGGAGAAGUGUAUGUAAAUCCAAAAUCCUCCAGGCUGUGCUUCACAAUGCUGGAAAGUGGCCAGGAAGAGGCUUGUGGGGUUAUGAAACAAUCUGGUCCCGAGAUACAAACUUUGCUCUGGCUGGAUUUUAUAAAAUUGAAAUCAGGAAGAUAGUCUGUUGCUAGAACAACUUGCUUCCACACAUUUAUUUAUAUAAUAUCAAGCUUUAAUAUCAACUUUUUAAUUUUAUAAAAUUUUAUUGAGUUUUCUAAGUGUGCCUUUGUGUGGAGCUUAAAUGGUAUCCUUCUCAUUGGAAAAAAAGAAGUCGGGGGAGAGGCAAUUGCUGAGGGUGUUGGUGGAGUUCUGUUUCUAUUUGACCUGGGAUGAGCAGAUUGUUCUGUUCCUUAAGGUCGGCUUUUUUGCAGAGCUUUUGUGCCUUGUAGGUGCUCGGUGUGUGUUGGCAAAAGAGUGAAAAACUAGAAGUGCCAUAAAGUAAGGAACCAAAAAUUCUGGCUCAAUAACUUCAUCUGCCUGACUCCGUUCUCUACCACUGUGCCUGCUCCCUUUUCUUAGAUGCUUUUGUAAAGUGUUUCAUUACUGGGUUUUCUUUGUGCACCAGUUUGGAGUUUUUUCAGAAGGAGGGGUUAUGGAUGGAAAGAGAGAGGUUGUGGAGAAGUUACAUUACAGAAGUUACUGCCUUUGACAUUGGGCCCCCAUCAUUCUAGACCUGCUCUCUUGCUUUAUUGUAAAU